AGCGCUGGUGGUGGUUACUCCAGGUAGUUAUCGGUGCUCGUGCGCGGAACGGAACUAAAUCAGCUCUAGCAGCAGCAGCAGAAGCAGCAGCAGUACAGGGUACAGGGUUUUGAGGGGUUGCUGCUGCUGCUGCUGGUAACUCGCGAUGGCGGGGGUGAACGAUCGAGGAAACGUUGGUUGAGGAACAGAACGGAGCUCAAGCUCAUAUCAGUGAGACCCGCGUCGCGAUAGCGUACACUACCGCGCACAUUCCGACCAUAGCAAACUAGGUCAAGCUCACUGCCGCUUCUGCACGGCUCGCUCUCUUAGUCGCAUCACAGCCAGCCGUGCAGGAGCGCCCUUACGCUCCUUCCUUCUUUUAACUCAGAUGACAAGAAUUUAAAUGUACAAUUAGCCAGUAUUAAAACAAAACAUCUUUAAGAUUAUUUCGUGGUAUAAGUCACAGACAAUCAAAAAUAUGUAUUGGUUCAUAAGUAUUACCAUUUUAACCACCGCCACAACAGUAUUUUCCUGCCGACAAAGUGAAUUUCAAUGCGGGAACGGAAGAUGUAUUACGCUCAAUAAAGUGUGCAAUGCCUUGGACGACUGCGGCGACGGAUCCGAUGAGCAACGAGCAUGCUCUCCUUGCAAUAAAACUUACUACGGUGAUGUGGGGAAAACUUACUACCUCGAACUCCAUCGACCCAAAGAGGACAAAGUACCUUACUUCUGCAAGCUGACAUUCAACGCUCCCGGUGGUAACUUUGGAGAUAUUGUUCAGCUAACUUUCGACAGUUUUACUCUUGGAAAAUUCGUCUCUUUUACCGCGGAAGGAUGUCCUGAUGGAUCACUGCAAAUAUCAGAGGCUCAGCGUCCCGAUGUAGGCGGGUUGUGGUGUGGCACAUCAUGGGGACCUGCAAUUUACUACAGUGAAACUCCAAUCGUCACCAUUUCCCUCCGACUUUUUAGAUUGAGUCAAGAUCAAACGGGAUUUAACUUUGACUUUCGUAUGGCUUAUAAGAUGAUCCGAAAAUCCGACGCCGUAGUUCGAUAUGGAAAUCCUUUCGUUGGUAUGACUCAAGUAACUCAAGCGACAACAACAUUGGAGCAGAUCUCGACGGAAUAUUCAAAUACAACAACGUUAAUAUCCACAUCGCCGGGAGUUGAAAGUGUUGAAUACGAAGAGCAAUUUAGAGAUAGUAAACCAGUUCUCGAACAACAAUACCUCGGGGAUCUCAUUUCAGGUACAUACUGCUCGCGGAUAUUUAGCGACUGCGACAAAAAAAAGUGUAGACUGCAGUCACCGAAUUUUCCCGGUCUCUAUCCACGUAAUCUCACCUGUUAUUACGCUGUACGACAACAUGAAAUUCCAUCAGGAAAACAUGCUCUGAUCACUGUUCGACAACCACGAGGACAACUAAUUGCUGUUCGAGCUCGUCCAGCAAGCCAAGCUGAGCCCGCACCUCGAGAGCUUCGUCUCUGGCAAGACUGCGAUGUUGUACAAGACUACGUGACUAUUUACGAUGGCUACACUACUCGUGAUCCAGUAAUCCUUAAAUUCUGUGGCGGAGGAGAACCCGUCCCUGAGGCUACCAGUAGUGGCGCUGAAAUUCUUGUCGAGUUUACCACUUCACCAUACGGCACCUUUCUUCAUCCCACUCCACCCCACUCAUUACAUGGAUUUCAACUAGAAGUUCAAGUUAAAUUUGUCGACGCGGACUCACCAACUUAUGCCAAAAACAAACGAUGUGAAUUUUGGCUGCAAGGUAAUACGGGUGGAGUCCUCAGUUCUCCGAGUCAUACCUUACCCAGGAACACAACUUGUCUGUAUCAUUUGCGCGGAGAUGGUCCAGUCACCCCGAGUCCAACACCACCGAGACCUCUUCCCAAAUUUCCAGAGACUCGUCCCGGCACUGUGUGGAGAAAACCUCCACCCAAACCACCUCAGCCGCAGUUCAGAGUUUGGCUUUCGAUUCUCAAGUUUCAUAUUGGAACAAACCCCACAGUUGUCCCUUCACAGAACGCUGCCUCUGACGAUGAUUGCAAUACCACUCUCUUUGUUUGGGAUGGUGAAAUGCUGCCCUUAUCUGACUGCAACGAUAUAUCUUGUGAAAAAGAAAGGUUGAGAUAUAUGGAGAGGACAGGAGACUCUAUAACCCCAAUAGGUGCAGGACCACACAGCAAUACAUCUCUAUUAGCAAGAUACUGUAAAGAUCGAGUCCCUAAAACUUGCGACCACGCUAUUUUACAAAAUACCAGUCGACCCUGCUCACUUGUCGAGGGUUUUAUUUCUUCUGGCAACAGCCUUACCAUCGAGAUACGUAUGAUUGAGUCUACGGCUCUCAGGCCCGUAAAUUUUCGCGCACUUUAUGAGUUUGUGGAUCUUCAUCACGACGGUGAACCAUACGGCAAUGGACCCUGUUCACGAGUAUUUUACAGCAGAAAUAGAGAUCAGUAUCCAGAUCGGAAAUUCCAAGCUCCGCGGAAUAUUUUUCUUUAUGGUCGAGGGGGUACUCAAAAUUUAAGUUGUGUGUAUCGAUUCGAGGGUGAACAGGAUGAAGUCGUCAAACUACGAUUCAAUAAGCUCCUCAAUGGGAAUCGAACAUGUCGUAGUGUGUCCAGUGUUGACUAUAAUCGGUUUCUCUGUAUUGGCUCCAGCAAUUUCUCACUCAAGGUAAUGGAGCUACCUUGGUCGAACGCAGCCCCGAUUCAAAGAGACUGUCUUUGUUCGAACCGAUCUCUACCGAUAAACAUUAAAUCAUUGUCCCACGUUGUUGAAGUACAUUUCACGAUUCAAUCAAUGACUGCCCUCGACGACUAUAAGAAUCUUUUCUUCGAGGGAGUAUGGGACUUCAUCAAGGCUGUGCCGUGUCUUCAAAAGCGACGAGUUCGUGGUCCAUCAGGAGAGAUAAAAUAUGAGCUGCCGCUGACAAAUGAAGAUCAGAAAAAUUGCAAACACCAUCCCUGGCUAAUUGACCCAGGACCGGAACAGUAUCUUUACUUGGAAACACAUGGAGUUGUAAUGAAUAGUAAUAGCAGCAGUAAUAAAUGCUUGACCAGUAAUCGCAUCAUCGUACACACAGGUGGAAAUGUAAAUGUAUCAGUAUGUCCAAAACCAGAAUCUGACUCAAGACACAAAGUUGUAAAAGUUUUCAGCAAAGGUUGGUCUGUCGAGCAUAAAACAAUGAUGCUUGCACCGCGUUUUGAUCCAAUGAGAACAAUUGCCGUUGAGUUUAUUAUGAAUGAAGCUGACUCUUACACUGUUACGUGGCUUGAAUUAACUAAAAGAUGGCCGUCGUCAAUAAUGUCAAUAGCAGAACCAGGGGAAAGUCUACCACGUGAUUGUGAGCAACGGUGUCCAGAAUUGAAUGCCUGUAUAAAUACAUCAUUGUGGUGUGAUGGGACUUCUCACUGUCCGUCUGGUUACGAUGAAGCGCUCACUCAUUGUUCAAUGCUUCUGCGACUUCCUCCUCUGCAUUUGGCUAUCGGUGCCUCAAUAGUAGUUACAAUAAUUGGCACUACAUGCAUCAUCUUUUGGCGAUGUGUACGUCGAAAAGCCAACCGUUCAAUUUCACAGCACCGGCUUAAAAGUAUAUCAUCAGAGACAGCUAUUAUUGGAGAUGGAAAGGAAGUUAUCUGCUGACAAAGCGACAGUUCUGUACGUUACGUCGAAGUUGACCGGGUUACUACUGUGUGACGAUCGUUACGAUCGUCAUCAUCAUCAUUAUCAUCACCAGUGAUGCCAUCGGUAUAUCUAUGGCUCGUUCAUUGCUCCUUUGUGGGUCUCAAACGGUGGUACGGACAUGAUGCCUUGUUAACACACUAUUUAAUGUUGUUAUGGCUACUUAGUGCCGUUAAAGUUAUUAUUAUCAUCCUUCACCCCCUGAUUCUCAAAAGUGCCAUUUGCAAUAAUAUCUAUUGUAAAUUUUAAAGAAUGUAUGAACGAGCUAUAAUAAUUAUACCGAAAAACUCGAUUUUCCGUGCAGAGCUGUCUAUUAUUAUAACUAUUGCGAUAAUUUAUUAUUAUCAAUUACCGUGUAUGAGAGGUGUGUGUUUGUGUACGUUCGUCCGUAUAAAAUCUCACAAAUUAUUGAGUUGUAUUUUCUCAAUAGAGACCCAUUUUAAUAAUAUAAAAUAUAAAUUAUUAUUAUUAUAAGGAAAAGGUGGUCGCAUAUACACUGAAUCUUUUAAACGAGUGUGUUGAUUCCACUGGGAUUUUUAAAAAAUGUAUAUCUGUUGGAGUAAACACUGUACUCGAUGUGAUUUUAUUUUAUUUUUUUUUCUUUUUUUAUUAUGUUCACUCUACUUCCCCGGGAAUUCUCUCGAUAACAAUGACCACACGCUGCCAAUACUUUAUUGAUCAUACCAACAGGAAUAUAAUUAAUGUACAAUAUUUUCACACAACUUGAAUGAUAUAUAUAUCUAUAUAUCUUUUAAAUUAUUUAAACCCGAAUGAAAAAAAACUUGCGACCAUUAAAAUAAUAAUAAAACAAUUAAGCGUGGUUUUUAAUCACAUUUUUUAACAAGGACAAUAACUAUAUAAAAAUGAAAAUAAAUGUCUUGAAUCGAGAGAUUUGCGUGGAAAAUUGUAUGAAUAUAUUUGUAAAAAUAUAUCGAGUUUAAAGUGUUUAAAGAUUUGAUGCAUAUAAACAGGUUAAUAAUGAUGAUAAUAAUAAUAAUAAUUAAUGAUUAAACAAUACUUAAAAAAAUAUAAAGAAAUUGUAGAAAUUGGAAAAGAAAUUAAUGAUAAUAAUAAUGUUAUAAUCAUAUACGUUCGAUUGAGAAUAUGUCUAUGAAUAAAUGGAAUUAAUGUAUAAAUGCGCACGAGUAUACUGCCUGAGCAGUAUGUACAUAGAAAUAUAGUAGAAAAUUACGUUAUGAAACACAAUAUAAAUUUAGAAAACUUAUUUGGCAUUGUAAUAAUUUAAUGUGUACUGACCAAAUUCAAGAUAUGUAGGUAUAAGAGUGUUGCAUUACUUUAAAAAUAUAAAAAUGAAGAAAAAAGAAUUUUUAGGCAUUAAAAGCAUUCAGGUAUUGAUAUAGAGAAGAUGUAACAAGGUCGUGAAUGAAAAAUUUUUAAGUCGAAAUAAUAAUAAUACGAAUAAUAAAUAAUAAUAACAAUAAUAUUGAUAUGUCAUGUGAAAUAUGCACAUAUAUACAUAUAUAUAUGUUAUUUGGUUCGGAGCUGAGCUUCGAAUUGUUACGCCGAGAUUGACGUCAGCAUCGCGACGAGGGCACGCGGACAAUCCAAUCGAUUUUACGGCACAAGUGUGGAAAAACUAAUGGUACAUGUUUUGUAAUAGACAAAUAUUAAUAAUGUCAAAUUUUUAUUCCUCAAUUUAGCAAGCAUAUUAAAUAACUGACGAUCUCAAUCUCUUAUUUGAAAAAUACUGUACAUAAAUAUCAAUACUGUUUAUAUCUAGUAAGUAAAGAAUUUUUUUUGUGGACUUCCGCGCGUGCUACUUGCACAGCAAAAACUCAAAAAAAAUGACUGGGUCAUGGUUAUUAUUGUUAUUAUUAUUCUUACUAUUGACUAUACAGAGCUAAAAGAAAAAUAAUUAUUAUUAUGGAGUAGUAGUGCUACGCACACAAACAGCGACAAUAUAGUUUGUAAAUCAAUGAAAUAAUUCGGCCAUUUAAAUGUUAGAGAAUCUAGUUAAUUAUUUGCGAGUAACAAAAACAGCCA